UUUGACCUCAUUGUUAUUCUGUCCUGGUGUUUGUAGGGCUGUGGAGAAUUACAAUUACACCAAGUACCACCCUAUGGACGAGAUAUCCACGUGGAUGGAGCAACUGGAGCAGGAGUACCCAGGGCUGGUGUCUUCUGAGGUGUAUGGCAAGACGUACGAAGGCAAUAACAUCACCCUUCUCAAGAUUGGCCUGGAGUCCAGCAGUCAGAAGAAGGUGAUCUGGAUGGACUGUGGGAUACACGCCCGAGAGUGGAUCGCUCCAGCCUUCUGCCAGUGGUUUGUCAAAGAGAUUUUGCAGACAUACAAAACAGACGAGCAUUUGAACCUCAUGCUGAAAAACGUGGAUUUCUACGUCACUCCUGUGCUUAACGUCGACGGCUACCAGUAUUCCUGGAUUAAUGAAAGUACUCGUCUUUGGAGGAAAACCAGAUCAAAGCCCCAAGAAACGGACUGCUCCUGCUACGGCACAGACCUCAACCGCAACUUCUAUGCCAACUGGGGCAUGGUGGGGAUAUCCAGGAACUGUUGUUCUGAAAUAUACUGUGGAUCUAAGCCCCUGUCCGAGAUUGAAGCAAUGUCAUUGACCGAGUUUGUGGAAAAGAGGGCUCAGGACAUUCUCUGCUUUCUGACCAUACACUCCUACGGGCAACUGAUCCUCGUACCCUACGGGCACCCACAGAUCUCUGCCCCCAACUAUGAAGAGCUGAUGCAGGUUGGUCUGGCAGCUGCUCAGGAGAUGAAGGGGGUACACGGGAUGCAUUACACCGUGGGCACCUCCCCUGAUGUUCUGUAUCCGAAUUCUGGUUCUUCUCGUGAUUGGGCUCGGCUCAUCGGGAUCCCGUUCUCCUUCACCUUUGAGCUGCGGGACGAGGGCGAGCACGGGUUCAAGCUCCCGGAGGAGCAGAUCCAGCCGGCCUGUGAGGAGGCGUACGUGGGAGCGCGCUCCAUCAUGAACUACGUCCACGACAAAGCCUUUAACCUCACCACCACAACCACAACAACCGCACCAGUCACAACACCCAGCACUGCCACGGCAACCGUGGCCGUCUGGAGCACUCUGCUGGCCUGCGCUCUCACCACGGCUGGCCUUCUGUAAACUCCCAGCACUGUGCAGGACAUCACUUUUUACCUGUAAUUCACUGAGAAUUCAUUCACUGUUUGUAUAUUUUUCUUUUGAUUUAUUUAUCUUUCUGGGCUUUUGGGGAAACAGCCCACAUUGGGUAUAAGUUUCCAAACAUAAGCUUUGAUAUUUGAAAAUCUGAUGUAAUCACCAUUGACAGUUCACUGCAAGUUUUUUGCAGCCUAGCUAUAUAUUGGUCAUUAAGGUUGUUGAAAAUGUGUUUUCCAUUGUUUUUUUCUUAAAUGCUUUGAGGGCAUGGUUGUUGUUUUUCCUUGAACUCAUUUUCUGCCCGUGGUUUAGUUUAUGGUUAAAGCCACUUGCAGAAAAUGAGUUCAAAGAAAAACAACCAAAAUACAUGGGCAGCCUGUGAACCCCAUCUCUAGAAUUGAUGUCCUGCAUUUCCUCUGUUGUACUGCAGAGGGCAGUGUUGCUCUUAGUAGGCUUUAUUCUUGCAGACGAUCUGCUAAGAGCUGAUUGUUGUUUACUGAUUUCUUUGUCGGAAAAGCAGAUGGGUUCACUAAUGAUCCUUCGGUUUUUCCUUAUUUCGCUUAUUCUGGGAUUUAACAAUCCGUAAUUACAUAGUGCAUCAACACAAU